CACAAUGUUGCUGCUACUGUUUCUGGUGAGUGUGGCUCUGGCUCACCCUUCUGAGGAACACCUUGAUGGCAACCGGGUGUUCCGUGUCAGUGUAUCUGAUGAAGAUCAUGUCAACUUAAUCCAGGAGCUGGCCAACACCAAGGAGAUUGAUUUCUGGAAACCAGACUCUGCUACACAAGUGAAACCUCUCACUACAGUUGACUUUCAUGUUAAGGCGGAAGACGUCGCCACUGUGGAGAACUUUUUGGAAGAGAAUGAAUUUUACUAUGAGGUAUUGAUUAGCAACGUGAAAACCGUUCUGGAAGCCCAGUUUGAUAGCCACACCCGUGCCAGUGGACACAGCUACACCAAGUACAACAAGUGGGAGACGAUAGAGGCUUGGGUUCAACAAGUUGCCACUGAGAAUCCAGACCUCGUCUCUCUGAACGUCAUUGGAACCACAUUUGAAGGACGGAACAUGUAUCUCCUCAAGGUUGGCAAAGCUAAACCCAAUAAGCCUGCCUUCUUCAUAGAUUGUGGUUUCCACGCAAGAGAGUGGAUUUCUCCUGCAUUCUGUCAGUGGUUUGUGAGAGAGGCCACCCGUACCUACGGAAAAGAGAUCCACAUGACUCAGCUUCUUGAUGAACUGGACUUUUAUGUUCUGCCUGUGGUCAACAUUGAUGGCUAUGUCUAUACCUGGACGAAGAGCCGAAUGUGGAGAAAGACCCGCUCCACCAAGGCGGGAAGUUCCUGCGUGGGUGUAGACCCCAACAGAAAUUUUAACGCCGGUUGGUGUGAAGUGGGAGCUUCUCGGAGUCCCUGCUCUGACACCUACUGUGGACCAGCCCCAGAGUCCGAAAAAGAGACAAAGGCCCUGGCAGACUUUAUCCGCAAAAAUCUCUCCUCCAUCAAGGCCUAUCUGACAGUCCACUCCUACUCCCAGAUGAUGCUCUACCCUUACUCCUAUGACUACAAGCUGCCUGAGAACUACGAGGAAUUGAAUGCCCUGGUGAAAGGCGCAGCAAAGGAGCUUGCCUCUCUGCAUGGCACCAAGUACACAUAUGGCCCAGGAGCUACAACAAUCUAUCCCGCUGCUGGGGGCUCUGAUGACUGGGCUUAUGAUCAGGGAAUCAAAUAUUCCUUCACCUUUGAACUCCGGGAUACAGGCUACUAUGGCUUUCUGCUUCCUGAGUCUCAGAUCCGCCAAACUUGUGAGGAGACAAUGCUUGCAGUCAAGUACAUAGCCAAUUAUGUCCGAGAACAUCUAUAUUAGUGAAGACUCUAGACCACCUUAUUUCAAAACGCUUAUUUUUCAUUUCUUGCCUGUCUUGACUUCGUUUGUUGUUUAGAGGCUUCCAGAUCAUAAUCUUUCUUUUAAUUUUCUGGGCAUAUCAACCCACUUGAACCUCUAAAAACAUUCCUAAUAAAAUCAUAUCAUUAUUGGAAAAGAAA